AUGCAAUGCAAGCACAGAUCCGUGAACUAUGCAAGAGCUGAUAGGCGAGGAAAUCUAUCUUGUGUCUCCGCAGAGACCAGUUCCUCCAUGUGUGCGGGAUACCGUAGUAUGCUGCCAACCAAGUUUGCCAAACGGUGCUCUGACACUCUCCGGUGCCAUGGAAGAACCAUGCCAAGUGCCAAGAUACUCCAAGAUGCAAAAAGUGAGGUUAGUUUUGGUGAAGAUCCAGUCGUUGUAGCAGGACAUGCGCCCAGGAUCCAGGAUCUUGGGGGAGGUCAAAUCUUCGUUAAACAAACAUCACGGUUCUGCUAA